CGUGCGCGCUCAGGGGCGCGGCCCCGCCCCGUCUCCCCUCAGCCCCUCCGCUCCCUGCGGGCCGCGUCAGGCGUGGGGUGCGCGGGCCGCCGGGUGGGCCCGGGCAGGAGCCGCCGCCGCCGCAGCUGCAGCCGGGCGGCCGCGCUCGCCGAGCAGCGGGAGGGCCGCGCCGCUCACCUCUCAGCCCGGGCCGCCGCCCUCCUUUCCUCGUCCGGCCACCGCCAUGGCGGAGACCGAGGAGCGGAGCCUGGACGACUUCUUCGCCAAGCGGGACAAGAAGAAGCGGAAGGAGAAGAGCAGCCGGAGUGCCGCCGCCGCCGCUGCCGCCUCCAGCGCUUCCAAUGCCGGCUCCAACGCGGCGGGCGCGGCCGCAGGGACCCCGCGACCGACUGAGGGCGGCGGCUCCGGGGCCGCCGCCGCCGCCUCCAGCGCCGCCGGCGGCUCCUCGGCCAAGGCGGCGAGCAAGGAAGAGGAUGAUUGGAAGGAGUUUGAACAAAAGGAAGAAAUUGAUUAUAGUGGUCUUAGAGUUCAGUCCAUGCAAAUAAGUGAAAAAGAAGAUGAUGAAAGUGAAAAAAGAGAAGAACCUGGUGACAGUUGGGAAGAGACUGGUGGUGGUGGUGGUGGUGGUGUAGACAGAUCAUCUGGUCCCUGGAACAAGUCAGCUCCUGCACCAGCCCCUGUCGUUGAACCAAUUGUUACAGAAACUCCAGAACCGGUGCAGACUGGUGGCGUGUACCGGCCGCCCGGUGCCAGGGAAGGUGGGCGGCCACGGAGAGCACAGCAAGGACCACCAGAGAUCUACAGUGACACGCAGUUCCCCUCACUGCAGUCCACCGCCAAGCUCGUAGACAGUCGAAAGGAUAAAGAAAUGGAGAAGAGCUUUGAAGUAGUAAAAUACAAAACUAGAGGUAGGGAUGAGGUCUCAAAAAACCAGGCACUUAAACUUCAGCUAGACAACCAGUAUGCUGUGCUUGGGGAUCAGUAGAGCUGCACACACAUUACAAUUAAGGAAUGCUUUUUUGGUAACUCUUCUACUAAGGUAACUAAACUACAGCUAACAGCUAUGAUGAACGUGCCACCUUAUUUCUGCUGGAUCUACUGCAGCAAGUGCAGACUACUUUGACAUAAGUGAUUGGUUCUCCUGCACUAUGGAAGCAUAAUAUAUUGCAACUUCUCCAUUGGAUAUGGGGCAAAUUAAUGUAAAUGGUUGAACAAGAGUCAUCAGUGUGCUUUAAUUGCUCAGAAAGAUACCUACAGCCAGUGGUCAUUUCAAAAUCUUUUUAUGUUCAGAUACUGAGCCUUCGUAAAGGUUGACUACCUCAGACUUGAUGCACUCAUUGUGGACACCAUGUGGAUCACAACUUCUGGAAGAGAAGGUUACAGCUGUUUUAGUGGCCAUCUGAAACUUGAAACCAGCUCUACUGGAUUCCUGUCAGAAAUCCUGCAGAAGUCAGCCAUUUGGUUCCAAUUUGCUAUAACAAAGAUUUAAGUGACCUUAAUGACAAACCUGUUCGUUCCCCUUCUGAGGAAUCCUGUCAUGUGUAGCCAUAGCCUACUAGAGACGUCUGGAGCAUCCCAUACCACUCAUACUAUCCAAGUACAACAGAGCUGUAGUUUGUUUACCUUUCUAGAGUGCUGUACGGAAGUAACUGCAAAACAAAUUAAAACUCAUUCAGUAUCAGAUUUGAGGAAUGAUGGGUUUGAAUGGUUUGUUUGCAUUAGCCAUUUUCAAAGUUGUCUAAGUUGUUUUUUUUUUCAAUUAUCCACAAAAGAAAUGCCUGCCUUGUUUCUGAUAUCGAUUUGCAGUGUAUUUAAAAAAUGGUAAGAUGUUGUAGUGAAAUAGGGUUUAUUUUGGUUUUUGUCAUUAAGUUUGUCUUUCUCACCCUAAAGCACUAAAAGUUUUGAUUUGACACAGAGGCAUGCAGACUUUACAGUCUACAGAAUUUGUCCUUUAAAAUGAGAUGUGGCAGUAGUGAUAGUAGAUAAAAAUGAUCUAUCAAAAACAAUUAUUUGUUUGUCAAGGAGUGAUGCUUACUUGAUAAACAGAAUAACUUAAUAUGAAGAGAGAUAACUAAAGCUGGUAAGCCUGAUUUGUUUGGCUACUUCUGUGAAGCAUGCAGCUCUCUGAGGCAGCAAUCCUCCAAGUAUAACUCAUAAAUGGUGUUUAUUCACAGUCAGUUUAGUAAUGAUGGAAGGCAGUGACUUCUUUAAGUUACUUAAUUUAGUGGAAGUAGGCAAAAUGGCACUGGUACACUAGGAAUAUAGGACAUUGCCUGUAACUCUUUCAGUGAACCAAACCUGUCAAGUACCAGAAGUGUUCUGCUGUAACUGUUUUUCUCUUCUCUGAAUUUUUACACCAGAAGCAAAAUGAAGUACAAUAGUGGUGUGCUCCAGUGUUGAGGUUUCUCAGAGUAAAUGCCAAAAAAUAGACCCAACAUCCAUAAGAGUUGCCAAUGGCAAGAAAAACAAGGGAACAAAACAAAGCUUGCUUACGUGUGUGGGAGUACUGUGUAUGUGCAGAAGAUAAGGGCAGUUCAGGAAUCACCCAGUUGGGUUCCCUUUGACUAACUGCUGACUUGCUUUAAAUUUACUUCUCUGAGGCCAAUGCAGAUAUUGCUGUUGACUUCAGUGGGGCUGGGGUUUCACCUGGUUAUUUUGUGCACAGACUAAAACUGGCCUUGCCCUUGCAGAGUUAACUGUCUAUAAAAAUUCUACUAGAAGCUGCUAUUAAAGAGGGCUCAAGAGACUAUUCCUAAAGUUGGAGACUUCAUUUGGAAACAAACCCCGCUGAAAGACUGAUACCAAUACCUUGAACUCUGAGCCAUGUAUCUUCCUUGAAAAUCCAUUGUUGCCAGCAAAAGUGUUGUUGUCACAGUUUCUGUGGAAUUCAUGGUAAAUGGACACGUCACUUGAUGGGGUAGAGAUGUGAAGUCUUAAAAUGCUUUUCCUGAUGCUCUAAAGAGAUUGCGAUCACUAAUGCACAUGAAUAGAGUUUUAGUCUCCUGUGUGAAGGGUAGAUGAGACUGUCCAUUGUACCACCUUUAUUUGAGGUUUUUGGGCAUGAAUUCUGGCAGUUCAAGAAAACCCUGUAAAAGUUUCAAAUCAAAUAAAAUGGAAAUAUACAUGGAUUCCGGAGUCUAGUGAGUCUUUACAUUGUAGUUUGAGCUCAUGACUGUACAAUAGCAGAGGAAACAGAUGAUUUGUGUCUCUUCAGGGAUAGGCCAUGAAGCAGGCAGUUGUCCUUAUGGUCAGGUGGGCUCUAUUUCAGAGCUUAUAGCAGUGCAUAUCAAUAAAACUUUUAUUUAUACGUAGAAGUUUAGUUUGCUACUUGGCACGGUGUUUUCUUGUUCCCACCAUAGAGGACUGGUUUGAGAUAGUGAUUUGUUUUUUGUGAAGCUUUGAUUUGCUUUUCACUUAAAAGUACCUCUGCUAAAUUAAGGAAUGGGGAAGAAAAACCCAGCCUCUGGAUGGCUGCUAUCACUGGAGCCCAUUAGGUACUGAUAACUAAAGGUGUUCCUUUGGGGGCUUCUCUCAAACAUAUCAUUCCAGUUUCUUUCUGGAGGCAUAAGGGAAAAAAAAAAGGGAAAUGCAACACAUUAUCGUAGUACAGAAUGUUAAACUGUUUUAAAAGACGUGUUUCUUGUGUUCAGUAUAGCUGCCAGCAACUAUCAAAAUGCCAGUUGUCAGUAUCUUCCUAGUACCAAGUAAUUGCUCUGCAUGCCUGAAAUUUUGAAAUUCAGUCCUCUGUGGAAGCUCAGUUUGCUUUGGAGACUGAAGUCCAGCUUUAUCUGGUUUGUUGUUGCUUUCAUUUGAGGCAUGCUAAGAAUGUCCUUUUCAUUCCUUCAAAAUGCUCAUUGAAGGCUUAUUCCAUAAAUGAAGAGGUCUCGGUUGGAGAAAUGAGAUUCCCAAUGCCAGUCAAUAUAACACAGUUGUGUGCUGCUUCAGGGACUCCCAGGACUGUGGCAUGCUUUUAUGGUGGGUUGCUUGUUAAUUCCCAGUUUAAAGGUUCUGUUCUACUUUCUGUGGCUUACAAUAAAACAUAGCUGUAAAGUUGCCAGCUUGCUGGUAGAACAUGGAAAUGUCCAGUGCUUACUGGGAAAAGAACAGUUUGGAUUUGUAUUUUUCAAUUAUACAGUCUAUUUAAGGAUGUUAAAAUGCUUAAAACCAGGUCAUUUUAAUAAAGUUGGGCUUCCCAAAUGCCUACUGUAGGUAUCUGGAAUAUGUAUUUACUUGAGCUGAUGAUAAAUGUAGGAGAGGAACUGCCUAUCUCCCAGUUCAGCUGUGUCAUGUUUAAUCUUAUGCACAGAUGAAGAACAAUUGAGAAUAAAAAGUGACUGUC